UUCAUAAGAACAGUUUCUUUCAUUCAAACUAAUGCCUGAAACACUAAGCUGUGUUUAAUUUAAAUUGGUAGCGUACGUGGAUGUAUGUGUUGUUAUGAAAAAUGCCCACCAUCUGGUUUUCAACAUGAUAUAAAUCAGCCAGUAAAAAAAAACUGCAUGGUGUGUGAAGUUACAGUUAGGUGAGGAUGCAGCUUCUCCUUUUGAGGCAGCCAGGUCUAUGCAGGAUCUUGGCCUCCAUCACCAGCAGGUCACGAUGGGGCUCUGCAUGCAGGAGGGAGACAUGUUCUUCUUCAAAACCUAAGACUGGACGGUCCUCCCAGACAAGACUGAACCCACUGAACAUUCAGAUGCUGUCCAAGAACUUACAUGAGCAGAUAUUUUGUGAAUCAGUGCCAGAGUACCAACAGGAAGAUGUGGAGCGCAGCAUACAGCACCUCAAGAAGCACCAGCUUUGGGGCAGAAAGACAGACCUGCUGCCUGAUGUAGAGCUGCGCCUACCUCUCAUGUAUGGCAGCAACAUUGAUGAACAUUUCAGUGUUCUUGCUCAGAAACAGAGCUUGCCUUACCUGGAAACAGCCAAUCUGCUCCUCCAAGCUCGCUUGCCUCAGCUGCCUGAAGAGUGGACUUGGAAGGUGGGCUGGACCCGCUAUGGUCCUAAUGGAGAAUACCAUAGUGUGGACUUCCCAGAGGAGAAGGCACUGGUGGUUGAUGUAGAAGUAUGCAUGUCUGAUGGACAGUGUCCAACGCUAGCUGUUGCUGUUUCCCCUACAGCCUGGUACUCAUGGUGCAGCAGAAGACUGAUAGAAGAGCGAUACACUUGGUCCAGCCAGCUAACUCUUUCUGACCUCAUCCCACUGGAGACAACGUGCAACUGCAGCCAUCCGGCCAAAAAUGUUUGGCAAGAGAGACUGGUGGUGGGACACAAUGUCAGCUUUGACCGUGCACACAUCAAAGAGCAGUACCUUCUGAAGGGAUCAAGAAUGCGUUUCCUGGACACCAUGAGCAUGCACAUGGCCAUCUCUGGACUCACAGGGUUCCAGCGCACCCUCUGGAUGGCCAGCAAGCACGGAAAGAGGCGUGGUCUACAUGAGGUUAAAGAACACAUAAAAAAGACUGGCAAACGCAGGGAAGGAUCUAUGAUAGGUUCAUGGGACUGGGUCAAUAUCAGCAGCAUUAAUAACCUGGCAGAUGUCCAUGCACUCUAUGUUGGUGGGGAGCCUCUGGAGAAAGAGGCUAGAGAAGUCUUUGUUAAAGGCAGCAUGGCUGAUGUUAGGGACAACUUCCAGACCUUAAUGAAAUAUUGUGCAUCAGAUGUGUUGGCCACACACCAGGUAUUCACAAAGCAGCUGCCCAUCUUCAUGGAAAGGUGCCCACACCCAGUGUCAUUUGCUGGGAUGCUGGAGAUGGGAGUGUGCUACCUGCCUGUCAAUCAGAACUGGGGGCGGUACUUGGAGGAUGCCCAGGGCAUGUUUGAGGAGCUGGAGCGAGAGAUGAAGAAAUCUCUCAUGAACUUGGCAAAUGAUGCCUGUCAACUGUUGCAAGAUCAGAGGUAUAAAGAAGAUCCCUGGCUUUGGGACCUUGAGUGGGAUGUUAAAGAAUUUAAGCUGAAGAAGACUGUGUCAAGAAAGAAGAAAGAAGCCAAAUCAGAGUCAUUCACUAUUCCCAGCAGUGCCAAGAGGGACUGGGAGGAAGAUCCAGGGCCUCCUACAGAAGAGGAGGAGGCUGGCCCCUGUCCUGAAGGAUUGCUGCUGGAGAAGCUGAAGGAGACUGCGAAUCUCCUUCCCAAGAGGAGGCAACACCUCCCUGGGCACCCUGGGUGGUAUCGCAAGCUCUGCAUGAAGAUGUCAGAGGAUGCCUGGUCUCCUGGACCCAAUCUGAUCAGCCUACAAAUGCGGGUCACCCCGAAGCUGAUGGGGCUGACAUGGGAUGGCUUCCCUCUGCACCACACUGAAGAGCACGGUUGGGGCUACCUGGUUCCUGGGAGGAAAGAUAACCUGGAAACUGUGGAGGAUAGCGAGGAGCCAGUGUGUCCUCACAGAGCCAUUGAGGAGCUGUACAGAGACUAUUGUGAGCGCAAUGGAAAGGAGCAGAGGCAACACAUGGACAGCCCUAUCUCUGAGGACCUGAUGUUGACUGACAACGGAGUGUGGCAGACAGUGGAGGAACUGAGUCUUCUGGAGGAAGAGGAGGAAAGUGGAGCCAGAACUUCGAAGAGCAGAAGGAUUGAGAAAACACAUGCUGCAGAUUCUCUGUUAACUGAGAGCCUGUGUCCCUAUCACCAUGGCAAUGGACCAUACAAUGAUGUCAACAUUCCUGGAUGCUGGUUUUUCAAACUUCCGCAUAAGGAUGGAAAUGAAAACAAUGUGGGUAGCCCAUUUGCCAAGGACUUUUUAUCCAAGAUGGAAGAUGGCACCCUGCAGGCCGGUCGAGGGGGCAGCAGUGCUGCCCGAGCUCUGGAGAUCAACAAGAUGAUCUCGUUCUGGAGGAACGCACAGAAGAGGAUUAGCUCCCAGAAAGUGGUGUGGCUAAGAAAGGCGGAGCUGCCUUCUGCUGUGAAGAGACGCACAGAUUUUGAUGAGGAGGGUCAGUAUGGUGCCAUUUUGCCCCAGGUCAUCACAGCAGGCACUGUAACCCGUAGGGCUGUGGAACCCACCUGGCUGACUGCUAGCAAUGCCAGGCAUGACCGCGUGGGAAGUGAGCUGAAGGCCAUGGUGCAGACGCCUCCAGGCUAUCACCUGGUGGGGGCAGAUGUGGACUCCCAGGAACUGUGGAUUGCUGCCAUCCUUGGGGAUGCCCAAUUUGCUGGCAUGCAUGGCUGCACAGCUUUUGGCUGGAUGACUCUUCAGGGUAAGAAGAGUCAAGGAACUGACCUGCACAGCCGUACUGCUGAAGCUGUGGGCAUCAGUCGUGAACAUGCCAAGGUCUUGAACUAUGGGCGCAUCUACGGUGCUGGCCGGUCCUUUGCAGAGCGCCUGCUUAUGCAGUUCAACCAUCGACUCAGCCAAACCGAGGCUGCUGCCAAGGCAAAACACAUGUAUGCUGUCACUAAGGGGCUGCACAGGUACAGGCUGUCAGAGGAAGGUGAGUGGCUGGUAAAGGAGCUGCAACUGCAACUGCAACUGCAGGUGGCAAGGGAUAAAGAUGGAUUAGUGUCACUCCAGGAGCUACGCAGGAUCCAGAGGGUAGCAUCACAGAGUUCUGCAAAGAGAAUGUGGGAUGUCAAGGGACAACGGCUGUGGACAGGGGGUACUGAAUCAGAGAUGUUCAACAAACUGGAGAGCAUUGCACACUCUGCGGAGCCGUGUACCCCAGUGUUGGGCUGUCGCAUCAGCCGGGCAUUGGAGCCAGAAGCUGUAAAAGAUGAGUUCAUCACCAGCCGGGUCAACUGGGUGGUACAGAGCUCUGCGGUAGAUUAUCUUCACCUGAUGCUGGUGGCUAUGCGGUGGCUGCUGGAGGAAUAUGACAUAGAUGGACGCUUCUGCAUCAGCAUCCAUGAUGAAGUGCGCUACUUGGUGAAUAGUGAAGACCGCUACCGUGCAGCUCUCGCACUCCAGAUCACCAACCUUCUGACACGAUGUAUGUUUGCCUACAAACUAGGCAUGCAGGACCUGCCACAGUCUAUAGCCUUCUUCAGUGCUGUAGACAUUGACCAGUGUCUGCGGAAGGAGGUCACCAUGGAGUGCUGCACCCCCUCUAACCCUACUGGCGUGCACCGGCGAUAUGGCCUUGCCCCAGGUAAAGCCCUGGAUAUUUACCAGCUCAUUAAGCUGACCAAAGGCUCCUUGACCAAAGGAAAGUAGCAGAUUCAUGGCA